CCUUUUCAAGGUCCUGUUCUACAUGGCAGAAAGAGAAAGUAAAAAAAAGCUUUGUCUGUUUCUCUAUCGGCAGUUGCUUGUAGCGUUUUGAUAAUCUUGCAGUUUGUAAAGGAAAAAACUUCUCCCAGCUUUAAACAGCAAUCCUCCCUUCCCGUUAGGCUUAAGAUUCCUUCUGAUAGAGUCAGUGUGUGUGUGUGUGAGAGAGGGAGAAAGAGAUGAGGCAUUUGACUUUGGUUCUUUUGCUAACCAUUUUGAUCCAUCAAGGAUGUCUUCAUUUCCAUGUUGAAGCAGGAGAUGGUUUCAUUAGAGCUAGAGGAGUGCAGUUCUUGUUGAAUGGUAGCCCUUACUAUGCAAAUGGCUUCAAUGCUUACUGGUUGAUGUAUACAGCUUCUGAUCCAUCCCAGAGAUCAAAAGUUUCAGCUGCAUUUCGUGAAGCAGCAAGCCAUGGUCUCACUGUGGCCAGAACCUGGGCUUUUAGUGAUGGUGGUUACAGUCCUCUACAGUACUCCCCUGGUUCCUACAAUGAACAAAUGUUUAAGGGGUUGGAUUUUGUUAUAGCUGAGGCUAGAAGAUAUGGGAUCAAGCUCAUUCUAAGCUUGGCUAACAACUAUGAUAGCUUUGGAGGGAAGAAACAGUAUGUGAACUGGGCGAGAAGUCGAGGGCAGUAUCUGACAUCUGAAGAUGAUUUCUUUAGACACCCUGUUGUCAAGGGUUACUACAAGAACCAUGUCAAGACCGUUCUUUAUAGAUAUAACAGCUUUACUGGAAUUCAUUACAAAGAUGAUCCAACAAUCAUGGCAUGGGAGCUUAUGAAUGAGCCUAGAUGCACAUCUGAUCCUUCUGGAAGAACCAUUCAGGCCUGGAUAACAGGAAUGGCUUCCUUUGUGAAGUCAAUUGACAGGAAUCACUUACUGGAAGUUGGUUUAGAAGGAUUUUAUGGACCUUCAACGCCACAGAGGAACAGACUCAAUCCUGGUUUGAAGAUAGGAACAGACUUCAUCGCAAAUAACCGCAUCCCCGGAAUUGAUUUUGCAACAGCCCAUGCAUAUCCUGAUCAAUGGUUAUCCAGCUCUAGUGAUCGAUCCCAACUUUCCUUUUUGAACAACUGGCUUGACACUCACAUACAAGAUGCGCAAAACAUUCUUCGAAAACCAAUACUCAUUGCAGAAUUUGGAAAAUCUUGGAAAGACCCUGGUUUCAGCACAUACCAGAGAGACCUAAUGUUCAAUACCGUGUACUACAAGAUCUAUUCAUCAGCUAAAAGAGGAGGAGCAGCUGCAGGAGGCCUGUUUUGGCAACUUUUAACUGAAGGAAUGGGCAAUUUUCGUGACGGGUAUGAAGUAGUCCUGGGGCAACCUUCCUCAACUGCAAAUGUUAUAGCUCAACAGGCACACAAGCUUAAACAAAUUCGAAAGAUAUUUAUGAGAACGAGAAAUGUGGAGAGGUGGAAGAAAGCAAGGGCCGCCAGGGCUAGGAGGGGUCGUUGGCAGGGUGGAAAUAAAGGCAAGCGUAUUGGAAACUGAAAGCACUAUGAUUUUAGCACGUCAAAGCUAGUGUUGUAAAAAAUGAUGUCCCAUAGAAGAAGCUGUUGUGUUUUGAGUGUAAUGAGUGAGAUUCUGGGGAAAUGGUAAAUCUCUCUUAGAGAUGAAUGGUGCUCGUCUAGGAGUGUAGCCAAGUCAAAUAUAUUAUACAAGAUCAACUUCUCAGUAUCUGUACUUGAGCUUGAGA